GAUGUGGUAGCAAAAAAGGGCAGGGCACUUUCUGCUGAUAUUGUCCAGAGGAUCACUACACAUUACCAGGAUGAUGAAUUUACUCGCAUGUGCCCUGGCAAAAAAGACUGUGUGGCUAUCAAGACAUCUAAUGAAAAGGUUUACCAGCAAAAGCGACUCAUAUUAGUUAAUCUGAAGGAACUCUACCUUGAGUACAAAAAGAAGCAUCCAAAUGAUUCGGUGGGUUUUUCAAAAUUUUGUGAACUGCGCCCAUCAUGGUGCAGGCCAGUAACAGCCUCUGGUAUGCACUCAGUUUGUGUUUGUCAAAUACAUCAAAAUGUAAAACUCUUGACAGCUGCUUUACCUGGUUCUGAAAACUAUAAGGAUAUGCUGGCAAAAAUGGUAUGCAGCUGUGAGAGCAGAAACUGCAUGUUGCAUCUCUGUGAUGACUGCCCAGGGAAAGAUGCUCUACAGACAUAUUUAACAAAUUUGUUUCUUGAGGCAGACUUGGAUUUGGAUGAUGAAAUAUCAUUCAAACAGUGGGGUCAUACAGACCGUAGCGAACUUGUGUGCUUCACCUUAUCUAUUGAAAAUUACAUUUCUAAGGUUUGUGAUGCUUUUGAUAAUCUUAGAGAUCACCAUUUCAUCUCUAAAGCUCAGGCCAAAUAUCUCACUGAACUGAAGAAUAAUUUGUCAGAGGAUGAGGUCUUAAUAUUACUGGACUUUGCAGAAAAUUAUAGCUUUGUAGUACAAGAUGCAGUACAAGGGUUUCAUUGGAACAAUGCCCAAGCCACUCUGCAUCCAUUUGUGGUAUAUUACAAGAAUUCAGAUCAAGCAAGUAGAAAUGAACACUUAAAGUCACUUAGUAUAUGCAUUAUAUCCGACUGCCUCCGACAUGAUACUCGCACUGUUCAUGCCUUCAUUUCAAGAAUGCUUAAUCAUCUCAGGACUGUGCUCCCAUCCAUUUCCAAAGCGAUAUACUUUAGUGAUGGGGCAGCUUCCCAAUACAAAAACUGUAAAAAUUUUUCAAAUCUACGGCACCACAAAGACGACUUUGGGCUGGCUGCAGAGUGGCACUUCUUUGCAACUAGUCAUGGCAAAAGUCCAUGUGAUGGGAUUGGAGGCACUGUAAAAAGACUUGUUGCAAAUGCUAGCCUCCAGGCCACCACAUCAGGCCACAUACUCACACCAUUAGACAUGUUUGAGUGGGCUUCGGCUAAUAUACCUGGAAUUAAGUUUCUGCAUGUGACCAAGAAAGAUGUCUCAGAGAAUGAUGAAAAAUUUAAAUUAAACGAAAGAUUUGCUCUCUCCACAACUUUAACAGGAACUCGAUCUCACCACUGCUUUAUUCCAUUAGGUGAUGGAACAUUAGUCAUGAAGCGAAUUUCUGCAGACAUUGAGAGCUCAACUCUCCAGAGCCAAUUAGCU